CCCUCCCGCGCGGUUCCUGCGGAUGCCGCUGCGGCGACGAGGGGAGACCUGCUGCUGCGGCGCUCAGUGAGGCUGCGGUUCUUGGUGAGGCUGCGGUUCUCGGCAUGUCGUCAUCUUUGAAGGCGAUGGAUCGGGCCACUCCCUGGCCUCCUGGCCUGGCCCCGAUGGCCUGCUGCUGCUCCCGGGCGACCCUGCAGAAGUGGUUGCCCAUCCUGGCCUGGCUGCCAGACUACUCCAUGCAGUGGCUGAAGAUGGACUUCAUCGCGGGGCUCUCGGUCGGGCUCACGGUCAUUCCCCAGGCGCUGGCCUAUGCUGAGGUGGCCGGGCUCCCGGCCCAGUACGGCCUGUACUCUGCCUUCAUGGGGUGCUUUGUGUAUUUGCUCCUGGGCACCUCCCGGGACGUGACACUGGGCCCCACAGCCAUCAUGUCCCUCCUGGUCUCCUCCUACACCUUCCACGAGCCUGCCUACGCUGUGCUGCUGGCCUUCUUGUCGGGCUGCAUCCAGUUAGCCAUGAGCUUCCUGGGCCUGGGGAUCCUGCUGGACUUCAUCUCCUGCCCCGUCAUCAAAGGCUUCACCUCUGCUGCCGCCAUCACCAUUGGCUUCGGGCAGAUCAAGAACCUGCUGGGUCUGCAGCACAUCCCGAGGCAGUUCUUCCUGCAGGUGUACUACACCUUCCGCAACAUUGGACAGACCAGGCCGGGCGACGUCGUGCUGGGGAUGGUCUGCAUGUUGCUGCUGGUCAUGCUGAAGAUGAUGCGGGAACACGUGCCAUCUUCUUUCCAUGACAUGCCCACCGGCAUGCGCAUCAGCUGUGGGCUGGUUUGGACCGCCACGACAGCUCGAAACGCCCUGGUGGUCUCCUUCGCGGCGCUGAUCGCCUACUCCUUCGAGGUGACCGGGUGCCAGCCUUUCAUCCUCACUGGGAAGAUAGUCGAGGGGCUCCCUCCCCUGCAGGUCCCUCCCUUCUCUCUGUCCACUGCCAACGGCACGGUCUCCUUCACCGAGAUGGUGCAGGACAUGGGGGCCGGGCUGGCCGUCGUGCCCCUCAUGGGUCUGCUGGAGAGCAUCGCCGUGGCCAGAUCCUUUGCGUCUCAAAACAAUUACCGCAUCAACACCAACCAGGAGCUGCUGUCCAUCGGCCUGACCAACAUGCUGGGCUCCUUUUUCUCAUCCUUCCCGGUCACCGGCAGCUUUGGACGGACCGCCGUGAAUGCCCAGUCGGGGGUGUGCACCCCGGCAGGCGGGCUGGUGACAGGGGUCCUGGUGCUGCUGUCGCUGGACUACGUGACCUCUGUCUUCUACUUCAUCCCCAAGUCCGCCCUGGCGGCCAUCAUCAUCACGGCCGUGGCCCCCCUGGUGGACACCUCAAUCGUGGGGACGCUCUGGCGCGUGAAGAGGCUGGACUUGCUGCCCCUGGCCGUGACCUUCCUGCUCUGCUUCUGGGAGGUGCAGUACGGCAUCCUGGCAGGGACCCUGGUGUCGGUGCUGAUUCUCCUGUACUCUGCGGCCAGACCCAAGAUUCAGGUGCUGGACGGAGAGGGGCCGGUGCUGAUUCUGCAGCCGACCAGCGGCCUGCACUUCCCCGCCAUCGAGGCCCUCCGAAAGGUGGUGGUGAGCCGGGCUCUGGAAGCGUCGCCCCCACGCUGCGCCAUCCUGGAGUGCAGCCGCGUCUGCAGCAUGGACGCCACCGUGGCGCUGGGGCUCAGCGAGCUGAUGGAGGACUUUGACAGGGCGGGCGUCACCCUCGUCUUCGUCGGCCUGCAGGGGUCCAUCCUCCAAGCCCUGCUGUCCGCUGACCUGAGGGGCGUCUGGCACUUCCCCACCAUGGAAGCAGCAGAGAAAUUCCUGAGUCAGGAGCCGGGAACCCAGCCCUACAACGUGGGCGACGAGUCCGUCCCGGAGCACACGGUGGCCCUGCUGAAGGCCUGAUGGGGACGCCGAGGGGACGCCGAGGUUUGGAGAGUUUGGCAGAAGGCUCUUGUCCUGGUGAGGCUGGGUGCCAGGCUGGCCGGAGGGUCCGAGGAAGCUGGCGCGGCGGAGGAAGGAGGCAGUGGGGCGUGGAGACCAGGGGGGCCUCACUGGCCUCCUUCGGGACGAUGGAAGCACCGCCCCCUCCUGUCCUGGGGCAUGAGCCCCAUCGUGAGGAGAGGUUUGGAGUGAGCUUUCUAGCAAGACGGACCCACGGCAAGGGAAGGAGCAGGUGCGGCCGCCUGGCCCCUGGGCGGAGGCCGGGCAGCCCAGGGCCUCCCCGGGGUCGGGGUGAGGGCCGCGUCUCUGUGAUUCUGGUCUGCACGACGGUGUCUGGCUGUUUUCGGGAGAGAGCCAAGGUGUCCCAACCACACGGUGUCCGCGCAGCUACUUCUGUGUUUUUUAAAUUAAAAAACGUCAUAGCUUUGGUGUUUUUGUAAAAACCAUAAACGCUUACUGUGAAAACCACAGGAGACCACGUUCCGUCCCCGUGGGCAGUGGCCCCAGACCCGGCCCCAGUGCGCGGCGCGUGCUCGGCGUCACGGGCGCGGGCUCAGGCCGCCGUGGCGCCGUGGGCCCCUCUCCCCGCAGUCAUUGCCGUGAGCUAUUUAUUGUGAUAAUAAAUGGAGAAGACACA